GGCAUCGAGUGAAGCACAGACAGGGUGCUGCAGCAGUCACUCUCUGCACGCCACACCAACCCAAUGCCUGCCAUGGUAUCACAGGCAUGCCUGCCCCCCUUCCUGGCCCCAUCCCCUUGCUCUCCCACCACCAUACCCCAUCAGGGCAUAGAGUGGAGCACAGACAGGGUGCUGCAGCAGUCGCUCUCUGCUCUCUCAGCACUCCACUCCAACGGGGUGGCUGA